AUGUCUUACGCCGACAUUGCCGCCAAGGGCCCUCAGCAGUCCGCUGAAGAAGUAAUCUCUUCCAUCCUCCGUGAUAUGCUUGUCAUCGGCGGUGGUGUUGAGUAUGCCGUCGUGGAUAUUGCCAUGUGCAUCGCUGUCGCGCGUCUGAGGAAGCGUCGCGCCCCUCCUGUCGCCGAGGUCAACCGCACCGACGACUCCGUGCAUUCGCUGGUCGACGUCGACUCGCCGCACGUAGCGUCGGUGCCGUCGGACUUCGAGUCGCAAGACGUGCAGACGUCGACGCAAGCGGACCGGCUCGAGAUUGAGGAGCAGGCGCGCCUGCACCAGGCCGAGGCGCGGGCCAAGGAGGAAAAGGAAAAGGCCAAGGCCAAGGCCCGUCGCGCCGGCCACAAGAUCCACGCCAACGCCUCCAACCCCGUCGUCCUGGGCAACGCCAUCACGGUCGGUGUGCUGGGCGCGGCGCUGGGCUUCGGCGCGUACAGGAAGUACACGGCGGGCCAGCUGAGCUGGAAGCUUGCUGGUGCGUGGGCGGGCGCGCUGGGCCUGUUUGGCGUUGCGGACUACUAUGUCUCUCAAUACUUCUUCCAGAAGUACCCUCCCAAGAACUAG